ACGUUAGCAAUCUCUACUAAGCAUUCUCUUUAGUUAACUAAGAUCGGAAGGAUCGUCUCUCUUCUUUGAUCCGGAAUAAUUAGAUCAUCUCAGGAGGACCUCGUAUAGGAACUUAAUUAUUUGACAAUUCAUCUUGAUUUAGCAUCGUGGAGGACAUUGAUGAUAUCAUGGAUGGAGUUACAGAGGCCCUGAGGAAGCUCCAAGUAGACUGUGACAGCUCUACCACUAAUGGGUGUCUAGACUGUUUGCUUCAGGCACUACAGGAAGAUGCUCUUGGUGCAACUACUGAGAUGGUACAGAAUGGUGGGAUACAAUGUCUUCGAGAUAUCCUCUCUAGAUCAGAAUCAGCUCCCCCUAAUCUCCUAGCCAACGCUGCCAAGAUUGUCGCGGAAAUGGCCAAGCAUGAGGAGAUUCGAGAGCCAUUUGUUGAGGGAAAUAUUGUACUGCCUCUGUGUUCAUGUUUGUUACGGAAGAACUAUGAUGUAUUGGUACAGGCUUGUAGAGCCCUUGGCAAUCUCUGCUGUGACUGUGACAAGGCCAGGGAAGCCCUCUUUCAGGGAAGAGGUCUUGAUAAUUUGAUGAAACUCCUGGAGGAAAGACUAUCAGUCCCUGAAGAAAAUGCUGAAAACCAAGCACUAUGGAAUGCAGCAUGUGGAUGUUUAAUGAACCUUACAUACGAUAGAUUGGAUGUACAGAAGAAGGCUGUAUCUCUGGGAGCCAUUGAUCUAUUGAUUACACUACUGAAGAGAAAUGAGACAGACACUGGCCUCUGUGGCACAGCUAUAAUGUGCUUUGGCAAUCUUGCAGAACCAGCUGAUACACGAACAGCCUUUGUCGGUACAGAGGCAGCCGAGUGUAUGGUGCAUGCCAUUAAGAAAGUAACAGGUGACGAUCAGCUAGAAGGUAUACUGGAAAUCAUCGCUUCACUUGUAGAAAAUGAUGAUAUGAAGCUGGAUUUUGCCAAGUCUGGUAUUAUAGACACAUUGUUAGAUAUGUUGACUGCUCGCACUGCUUCUUGGACGUCAGAAAGCGCUCCAAAGAUAGAAGAAUUUGACGCAGUCAGGGUUUCAAUCGAUCUUCUGGUUUUACUUCUCACUGGAGACGAGUGUAUGGCAUAUAUAUUCCAAGAGGGCGAAGGGUCGUUCUUUAGGAAUGUCGUAGAUACAUGGAUGACGUCACAAAUAGAAUACUUCCGCAUAUCUGCUGCCCUCGCUAUAGGAAACUUUGCUCGUAAUGAUUUGAACUGUAUAAAGCUAGUAUCGAGUGGCAUCGUGCCUCAGCUGCUUAGACUUCUCAAGCCAUACGAAGGAAAAGAGGUUGAUACAAGGCUAACCCACGCUGUACUCAGUGCUCUUAGAAACCUUGCCAUUCCAAAGGUUAACAAGUCUAUAAUGCUAAGCUGUAAUACAUUGGAUGAGAUUCUACCACUACUUAAAUCAGAGAUGCUGUUUGUGCAAUUCAAACUCCUUGGAACGGCCAGAAUGUUGGUUGACAGUAUGGCCGAGACAGCAGUAGAUUUAGGUCAAAGGUCAGAGUUCAUCCAAAGGGUCGUGGAGCUUUGUGCCUGUGAAAUACAUCCUGGGGUCAGUGGAGAGGCAACAAGACUUCUAGCAUCGUUGAUCAAGCAUUCAGGCUCGGCCAGGGUGAUGGAAACCAUCGUCCAGCAUGGUGGCUUACCACGCUUGGUUGCUAUGGCAACGUCAGAACACCCUCUGAUGCAGAACGAGGCCCUGGUCGCCCUUACACUGAUAGCUGCAUCCCAUCUUGAAUCGUCCGAGUCAGCUUUACUGGAAUCUAAAUUAUUGUCGACAAUCAAAAGUCUACUUCAGGAGACUGCAUACUCAGUAGAGGUCCAAUGUAAUGUCCUGACGUUAGCUGGUUUUCUUACUCAAUCAGCGAUACUAAAGCAAGCCAUGGUGGAUCAGCAGCUACCCGACACUAUCGAGACCCUGAAGCGAAGCAAGGAAGAGCCUCUCAGUACCAAAGCAACAAGCAUCAGCCAACACUUUACCUGAAGGUUCCAACCCCAUUCACAGAUCAUGUACUUAAGGGCUUCAAGCCACCGAUGUUGAUUUGAGUCAAGGUUCAAAGGUCAUAUGCAUUACAUUGCCAUGGCGAUGACAUUGAUGCAAUCAUGCCUCGUCAAAGAGAAGUAUGGUACUAUUUAUUAAGAGAGGGUGAAGGGCGUUGUCCGUUAGCCCCGGUAUGUGCAAUAGUUACUGAUGUCAACAGUAUAAAUGGAUAUGGCUAUAUGCAAAAUAAGUGUAAGCAAGAAUUUAUACAUGCACUUGUAGAAAGAACGCACUUUUAUAUAAGAUCAUGCAAAAGCGGACAUAUAAUAGAUGUUGUAAGAAGAGGAAGCUAACGUAAGAAAUGUUGUUUUGCAAGAAAGAAAUUUAUUUACGGAAUCGCUGUUGGAGUGGGCCAAAUGGAAAGGAAAGACUUGCCAGAAGUGUUUAUUUGAUGCAAUCAUUACAUAAAAUGAGCAUGUCCGAGAAGUUUAUAAGGUUGGUUAUGCAUGGAAAAUGUAUCACAGUAUUUGAACAUUUAUACCAGAUAUCACAAUAUUAUUAAUGUUCUGUCAUGGUUCUUUUUUAUAUAGUGUAUGUAUUACCAAAGAGUCUUGUCUGUGGUGCAUCCCUACUCUAUAUCUUAUGCCCAUGUAUGUAUUCUUUAUCAGAAUAUCAGUGUUUCGUGUUGUCCUCCUGCCGUUACGCAAAUGUAUGUCAAGUGAAUACCGAUAUCGUCUUUUGUAUCAUUCUGCCAACAAUGCUACUCCCUGCAUACACAGAUUUGAAUGAAGGGAUAUCCCAUUGGUUUUGCACACAAGUGACUAAAUUGUACCAUAUCCAUGCACAAGAAUCAUUGUUUAGACAUUAUGUUUGCCAUUUCUGAACUAAUUUUGCUCAAAUUAAGGAUGACAAGAUUUUCAAAUGCAGCUUAUUUAUUGGCAUGCAAGAUUGAAAAUUCAAGUUUCAAUCCAAAGUGUAGAAGGUCACAUCUUUUUAAACGACAAAUAUAUCAUAAUUAAUUAUAGAGAAGUAGUAAUAUGCAUAAAAAUGUAUAGGCCCCCGAAUCUUCUGAACAGUUUUAUUCAGGCACAGGAGAGAAAUGCAAAAAUUGAGAAAGUAUGUUUGAAACGUUGUGGUGCUCUUGUUAUUUGUCCUUUCAAGGAAACAACAUUCCUCACAUUGUAUUGAAGAAUUCUUUCAUAAUUCGUAAACUACAUGUACCUGACUUCAUUUGAGAUGGCCAAUUCCAAGUGAGUUGAUUAAUUGCAUAAUUUCUAAGAAUCAUGGAUCUAUGCAAAUUGUUUAUGCCACCUUUUUUCAGUUCGCAUCAUUUGCCUUUAUAAAUGAUUUACUCUUCUUUUUUUUAAUUUAUAUUUAAUCAAAUAUUUGCAUUUUCCAGGGUGGAUAAAGGGGGAAGGUUGAUAUAAACAAAAACCUUUUGUAAACGGUUCAUGAAAGACUUAGUUUAUGCUUGAUUAUAUGAUUGAUUGUAGUUUCAUGUUUAUGUAUCCCUGGUGGGUGUUUCAAAGAGCUGUUUGUAAGUUAAGAGCGACUUUAUGAUCGACUGGUGAUCCUUUCUUAAAAACUAAUUCAACGCCAAUGGAAAUAUGGUGUGUAUCAUCAUGAGAGGAUCACCAGUCAUUUGUAAAAUCACUCGUAACUUUACGAACAGCUUUAUGAAACACCCUCUGGUGAGUAUUUCAUAAAGCUGUUCGUAAAGUUACGAACGACUUUACGCACGACUUGAAUAUGUUCUUACAUCAUAACUCAAUUACAUAGGGAUAUCACAUUGCACAAAAAAGGAUCACCACUUUCACCAGUCGUAUCUUACGAACAGCUUUAUGAAACACCCACCUGGUAUGAUACAUUUAUAUGUUGCAUAUUAAAGGAUGACCACCAAUUUAGGUCAAGGUUAUAAAUUUUUUGUCUUUCAAAACUGAGCGGUAGAAAUGGUAAUGCACCAUGCAGAUCUGCCAAGUAGAACUGGUUUUCAGUAAUUAUUAAUGAAAAAUGAGAAAGAAUACUGGUGGUUUCAUGCAAAUUACUCAUUUCUAAAGUUUCAUUUUAUGUGUUCUAUGGCAUUUUUGUGAAAAAAGUGAUUUUACCAAAAUACUGAUUUUUAGCCUAUGAAAUACUGAAAUGUUCUUGAUCAGUUUGGCAUCUCUGACCAUGUAUACAUUUUGAAGCUUUGAGAGCAUGCCGGUGAUAUUUUCAUAGCAUUGAUUCAGUUAACCCUUGGUUAAAUUUGACUAAACUUUUAAUGGAGUGCUAGUCGCCAUCAUAUUUAUUCAGAUGUUGUCCAAAAAUUAUUUUUAUUAAUUGAAGAAAAAGGUGGUACGUUUAUGACAUUAAUUUCAAAGAAUUAUUUGGUACAUAAUUCUUGUCAUGGACAUUGAAUAAGUAAGAUUUAUACCAACAUUCCAUAGACAGAGCCGCCAACUAGUACUAAUUUUCAGUAAUUAUUACUGAAAACUGAGAAUACUACUGAUGGUUUCAUACAAAAUGCUGAUUUCUGAAGUUCCUGUUUUAUGUGUUGUCCUAUGGCAUUUCUUUGAAAAUACUGAUUACCUUACCAAAACACAAAUUUUCAGCUUAAAAAAAAACUGAAAUGUUUUUGUUCAGGUUGGCAGCUCUGACCAUGUAUACAUUACGAAGCUUUGAGCAUGCUGGGUGAUAUUUUCAUAGCAUUGAUUUAGUUAACCCUUGGUUAAUUUUGACAAAACUUUUAAUGGCGUGCUAGUUGCCAUCAUGUUUAUUCAGAUGUGAAGAGUUGUCCAAAAAAACAUUUUUAUUAUGAAAUUGAAGAAAAAGGAGGUACGUUUAUGACAUUAAUUUUAAAGAAUUAUUUGGUACAUAAUUCUUGUCAUGGACAUUGAAUAAGUAAGAUUUAUACCAACAUUCCAUAGACAGAGCCGCCAGCUAGUACUGAUUUUCAGUAAUUACUGAAAACUGAGAAUACUACUGAUGGUUUCAUGCAAAAUAUUGAUUUCUAAAGUUCCUGUUUUACACAUGUGUUGUCCUAGCUUUUAAAAAACUGAAAUGUUUUUGUUCAGGUUGGCAACUCUGCAUAGAAGUGUGGAUCAAACAUCUGGUUUUGUAAGGAGUUAAAGCAAGAUUUAAAUUGUCAUCACACCAUGCUACGGUACAUAAGUGAGAUUUCAUGGCAAAAAAUUGAGUUUUGCUAAUCAAUUCAACUCGGCUUUCACAAACGCAAUGUAUUGCCCUUCUACAUGUAUAAAUUGAUGAUUAAUCAUUAAUUUAAAGUUUUGUUUAUCGUGUUGCUUAGUUUUAUAAUGUAAUUAAUAUCAAUUGCAUAAAUAACUAUGAAUUUAUAAGUUGAUAAAUGAUUUAAUUAAUGACCAGAUGAAUGAAAGUUUAAGAUAUGAAUUACUUUUUUUAUCAAAGCAUUGUGCACUGUCUUUGAAAUUGAACUAUUUGUUUACUGUUUUAUUUAAGUGUUUUAUGAAAUUUUUUUUUUUACAGACUCUAAAAUUAUGAGGGUUACAUCAAGAUAUAUAGUGGGAUUUUAGCCAUAAAGGAUUGCUGAGCACAAUGUCUCAAAGAUAAUAUAUAGAUAAUAUAUAAUUAGUGAAUGUGUAGGGCAUGGAUUGAUCAUAAAUGGUAUUACAUCAUUGCAAAGAUGAAACAAAAUAUACAGUUUAUAUUUAAUCAAUUGCUUGUUGCACAAAUUAGCCAUUGAAAUUAAAGAAAUUGCCCUAAUAUUCAGCAAUUGCUCCAAUAUGAAAAAAAGCCUCUAAACUUAUCAAAUUAUUUGUAAAAAAUGAAACGUUCAGGUUUUUUUUUCUGAGGCACUCUGUAUUCCUUCACACAACUUACAAACAUGCUCACUAUUCACGAAUUUUGCAUUCAAUGAAUUUUCAUCUCUUUUGUUCAACAGUGAUACAUGUAAAGUGAGAAAAGUAUUAUCGAUAUCAUUGUCCUGUAAUUAUUUAUCUGUGAUUGUAAACAAUAACUCAUUUGUAUUAAAAGAAAAACCUGCUUGAAUUCAGUGUCUCUGAGAGAAU